AUGAUGCGACCGUUGCUUAUACUGAAUUGUCUGUUUAUUUCGCAAGCUCUCUUCCACCCCCUGUACCACCCCACGGAGCGCACACCGCUGGCCGCUGUGAACGAGCUGACGUCACGUCUGUCUGCCCACCCCAGUCGCCUGCAAGAGCCGCGGCUGCCUCCUAACAUAGAGACCAUCAAGAAAGUCGCUCAGAUCCUCAUCAUGCUCGGCGAACAGGUAAUACCGGGCGUAAUAGGUGAGCCUCCACCCCAUGCGGCUGUGCCCUCACCAAGUGAAGAUAUACCCAACGACCCUGUCGCCGAUAGG